AUGAACGAUUUGCUCACUCAGAUUAAGAGAUACACCAUUCAACUGAUAGCUAGAGAAGAAAAUGCCAUGGCAGAUGCACUGGCUAGGCUGGCCAGCAGUGCCGUGGUGGACAAAGCCAAUUUAGUCCCCAUUGAAAAAAGCUUCUCAGCAGUCUCACACCCACAAGCAAAUGGACAGGUAGAUGCAGUUAACAAGACUCUCAAAGACACUUUGAAAAAACAUUUAGAAAAGGCUAAGCGAAACUGGCCUGAGAAACUACCUGAAGUACUAUGGUCAUAUAGGACUAUCGAGCGAACAACUACUGGAGAUACCCUCUUUGCACUCACAUAUGGGUAUGGAGUGAUGUUGCUCGUAGAGGAGACUCCACCAUCUCACAGGCGCACAGCUUAUGACCAAGAUGGUAAUCACCAACUGUUAGCUGAAUCCUUGGACCUAAUUGAAGAAAGACGCAAAAAGUCCAAUGUACGCCUGGCCGCCCAUCAACAAAAAGUUGCCCAGUACUUCAAUUCUAGAGUUAAGGAACGAAAAUUUGACGUAGGAGACCUAGUCUUAUGA